AUGAUUCACCAGCUUCGCGCGCAGUCUAUCGUUUACGAGGCAAUGACAUUUUCCGAGAUCGCGGGACGGCUGCUGAAAGGGUCAGGACACUCGCAGCCGCCGCCUGCCAAAGAGCAGCUACUCGACCCUCAUCCUUCACCAGAUCAGACCAGUAUUUCGUCUCUACUCGCUUCGCCAGAGUCAGACAACGGUCACAUAACAGCCUGUGAAGGCAUGCUCGGCAGCCACCUUGGCGAACAAAGAGGACACUCCAUUGCCUCUUCUUGGGCGAAAACUCGACCUUUAUCCGACAUUCGUGAAGUCACCGAAUCGAGCUUUGCAGAUACACUACCUCAAAACGCCCUAACCAACAUCUUCCCCCGUAACACCUCCCGUACAGAAAUGUCGCGGAAACCCUCUGUUGCUACGAGACGACAUCCAAGCAACGACAACCGGCAUGGCGAAAACAAAGAACCUGACAGAAAGACUAGCAUCGAAAGCAACGGCAUGAGAUCCGUCCACCGGGGUCGAACUUCUAGAUCACCAUCACCAUCAAGUCCUGCAGACAACAACAGCAUAUCCAGUAUAUAUAGCAUCCCAGCUGGCAAUGUUCCACCGCGAUCAUCAUCGCGAACUCGUGCACCUAGCAAUUCUCAAACCCGACAGCUACAGCAGGUACCACCCAUACACAUAAUUCAAGCGACAGCGACGAACGUACUUAGCGCAAUAUCCACUAUACCUUUCCAGCCUCCUAAUAACAGUGCCAAUACUAUCCUUCGACACGGUCAAUCACAGUCUCCCCUACGCCAUAUCGUUGCUCGUCUCGACCCUAUAUCUCACGAUGCCAACCGACGCAUACCCUCCAGAACAUUUGUUCGCGAUCCACUAUCGAAAGAGCUGCUAGAGUUUCCAUCACACCGACAUCCGCGAAUUGAGCUUGGCCUAGACUUAUCGGCAGGCAUUUUCGUGGGCGGAGGCUCCAUUGAAGGGACCGUCCAGAUAAACGUCGACGAUGCAGAGCGAAUACGUCAUAGAAGGACUCUGGACAUUGCACGGAUAUCUAUCGAUCUUCUUGGGACGGAGGAAAUAAGUGGCAACAGACGAGCCGUCUUUUUGAACCUAGCAACGGAGCUUAUUGACGAGCAAAACCCGCCGCCUCAGAACAUGGUAGAUACCCAAGAGCCAACAAGUUCAGCAGAUCUAUUCUGGCAUCUGAUGCCUUCUAAUACCAACCUUGCUUUCAACCUAAGUUUACCUCUCAAUGUCGGUCCUCCACCAUUCCAUUCGAAGAAUGCAAGGAUCCGCUACACACUUUGUGUGUCUCUUCUUAUUCGCGACCAAGGAAGGCAAUACAUUGUCAGAACUUCCGAAGACAUUACAGUGCUCUCAGUGUAUGAUCCUGAAAAGGCGCUCAUGUCGCUCCCCAGUCCAUUGACUGCUUCAGAAGAGUGGAUAAAGCCCCGAGAAACCACCAUCGAGGCUGUUCGGGUCACCGCGGGUCUACAUCGACAAGUCUGGUCGCAAGACGGUGAAGAAGAUCGAACUUCAGUUGGAAAGGGACAUACUUUGCUACAAACACGUCUGUUAUACGCGCUUGUGCUACUACUACGUAAUGAUGCUGAUGCAGAUGCUUUGCAGGCUGCUGCGGCCACGAUGGAGAAGUCUGCGGGUCAGGCUCGCAUCUUUGACAGCAACGAGCGGUCUAUACUCAGUAAAUCAUUCGUCAAGAACGGAUGCGCUGGCUGGAACGGUGUCUCUACACACCAAACUCACAUCAGAACCUGUGAUCUUGAGGUACCCCGCGGCCAUGCUACGGUGAAGUGUGGCAAAUACUUCGAAGUCAGAUACUUCCUCAAUGUCAUCGUCGCGAGCGCGCACACAAAGCUCGUCACCGUUCAACUACCAAUCGUACUCAUCCAUAUGAAUUCCCUUGAUGUGGUCCCCAACUCCGUCGCCCAAGUCGCCAUGGCCAUCGAAGAAAAGCGCACAGUCCGCCGCUCUCCACCCCGCCUCGGGCGUCGCCCAUCCCAAUCCGUUCAAGGCCGCGCCUUCGCAGCACCACGUUUGCAAUCCUUGGAACGCAUGCGCGCACGUGACGAAGCUAUCCAAGAGUUGGGUCAAGCCCUCGAGCAAAGCCCCCGCAAAUAUGGUCUUCGCCGCGCAAACUCCAACUUUGAUUACCAUACUCCACCUUCCAAUCGCAAAGGCAGGAUACUAGGCGAUGGGGAAGCAGCAGAUCUACAGGACCGGCUAAGACGCGUCAAAUCCAAUGCGACAAUUGUAUCUAGACCUCCAACCCUUCAUAAAGUUAAUUCAACAAGGUCAAGACGUGGCGCUGGAUCGGCGUUUGGCUUUCGAGAAGCGGAGGUUAGGGAGGAUAUCGAGCUAGGUGGUUUGGGUGCGUCGGGUGAUGGGCUUCUAAACGAGAGAUUGGCGAGGAGCAGCGAUCGACAGUAUCGAUUUAGCAAGAAAAAGAGUGUAGAAAGAUGGAAGGGGGUGGCGAAUGUGGGCGUUGGGUGGUUGAAGGGGAAUGGGGCCAAGGACGAUAGGGAGCGAGAGGGAUGGCUAUGA